GCCAAGCAGAUCAGUCUGCGCGAGUCUUUCGAGUAGUGAACGUCGUGUUCUCUAACGCUUCUUCGAAUGCGUUCACUGUUCUACGUACUGAAACCAUCUUUUUCUUACGGACCUUUUGUUCAAUCCCACCCGCAUAGUUAUCAAGAGAAGAGAAUUUAUCAAACUCUUGUUUAACUUUUAUUUAAUAGAGAAGACCUAUCAAGGAAAAUUGCUCAUACAGAAGAAACUUCCCGAGCACAGAUGGUCAGAGACAGAGGACUCUUUAUUUCAGGGUCGUUGCCUGAUAUCGCAGUGACGAUGGCAUCGGGCAGAGAAAUUUACGCUGCAUUCAGCCUAAUCGUGGAUGACGUCGAUUCUGAUUCGAUAUCGAGCGAAAACUCAGAUGGUUUGUCAGACGAAACCAGCUCUCAGAAUUCAUCGUCACAAACCCCGUUGGACAGUCCAGGCGGGCCUAGGGAGAAGAUUAAACAGAUGCAAGUGGAAGCGGAAACCAGAAGAGGAGAAUUCGCGAGGCUACUCGAAGAACAUGCUCAAGUAGUGAGAAAGUUAAAGAUGAUGGAGGCCGAGGAGCAACUUUCAGCAACCGGAAACGUAGUGGGAGCUACGCACGCGUGAUUCUAUCGUUGAUCGCGUAAAGUAGAAUUGGGGACCACCGCGCCUUUGCGAUGCGCGCCGAUUCUUUUGAGUGCGAUGGCGAAUUGAAAAUUUUCCGAAAAGUGUUGCGAGUUUCAAAAUACAUUUGUGCGAUACAAAUAAUACCACGAUUCAAUAGGAAAUAGAACGAUGUUAAAAUGUAAGAGAAAACUAUUUUUUAAACAAUGCAUAUUUCUAUGGUCUGAAAA